UCUCUCUGCCGAAGGGCUCAGAGUCCCACUGUCUGCCUGCUUCUCCCUGAGUGUGACUGACAGCCACAAGGCUGUCUGUCUGCCUGCCUGCCUGCCUGCCUGCCUGUCUGCCUGGCUGGCUGGCUGGCUGGCUGUCUGCCUCGUUGGCUGUCUGUCUGUCUGCCCGGCUGGCUAGCUACCUCUUUGCUUGACUUCUCCCGGGUGUCUGCCUGCCGGUCUGCUGUCUGUCUAUCCCCAGUGCAGCUGACUGGUCCCUGCCCCACAACCUCUGUCUUCUGUCGUGUGUGACCUCUUCGGGAUGUGAUUGAUGGUUGCCUUUGCCUCUGCGUGGCCCGCCUGCCCGGAGGCCAGCUGGCAUCCGUCUGGGUGACAGGUUGUGUGCCGACUGGUCGGGCACGCGGGGCGGGUUGCAACCUCCCACCGCAGUCCCCUGCCUGUUCUCCCAGACCCCCAUCCCCCACGCCGAGCCCAGCUGCCACCCCCUGGGAGCCCACUGGAUUGCGCGGAGCACAGAGAGAAUGGAUUUCUGAGAAAGAAGUAGAACAGCAGGCUCCGCAGGCAGCAUGCGGUGUGGCUGGGUUGCCCCUUUGCUCCUGCUCAUGCUGCAGGGAGCCUGGGGCUGCUCAGACCUCGUCUGCUACACCGAUUACAUCCAGACGGUCACCUGCAUCCUGGAGACAUGGGCCCUGCACCCCGGCUCGCUCACCCUCACCUGGCAAGAUUCAUAUGGAGAACUGGAGGAUGAGAUCACUUCCUGCAGCCUCCACCAGUCCACCCACAAUGGCACGCAUGCAGAGUACACGUGUCACAUGGAUGUGCUCCAGUUCAUGGCCGACGAUAUUUUCAGUGUCAACAUGACAGACCAGUCUGGCAACUACUCCCAGGAGUGCGGCAGCUUUGUCCUGGCUAAAAGCAUCAAGCCAUCUCCCCCUUGCAAUGUGACCGUGACCUUCUCUGGAUGUUACAACAUCUCCUGGAGCUCCAAUUACAGUUUCUACGCGCUGAAGGGCAAACUUCAGUACGAGCUGCGGUACAGGAAGCUUGGAGACCCCUGGGCUCUGGGUCCAGGGAGAAAGCUGAUCUCAGUGGAUUCGAGAAGCGUCUCUCUCCUCCCCUUGGAAUUCCACAAAGGCUCAAGCUACGAGCUGCAGGUGCGGGCGGGGCCCCAGCCUGGCUCCUCCUUCCAGGGAACCUGGAGCGAAUGGAGUGACCCGGUCAUCUUUCACACCCAGCCAGAAGAGAUAAAGGGAGACUUGUACCCUCACCUGCUUCCCAUCCUGGUCCUCGUAUGCCCCAUCCUUGUCUUCUUAGGCCUGAAGAUCCACCUGCCUUGGAGGCUGUGGAAGAAGUUGUGGGUGCAGGUGCCCAGCCCAGAGCCCUUCUUCCAGCCCCUGUACGUCAGCCACAGCGGAGACUUCAAGAAAUGGGUGGGCACACCCUUCCCUGCCUCCAGCCUGGAGCUGAGGUCCUGGAGCCCAGGGGUGCCCUCAUCCCUGGAGAUGUACAGCCAGUGCCCACCGCAGACUGCAGCUAAGGGGCUGGUGCCCACGGAGCUGCCGGAGUCCCCAGACCUGGUGGAAGCUGACGGGGUGCCUGAGCUGGGCUCCUGGGGCCCAGCGCCCUCCACCGCCAGCAGCUUGGGCAGCUCAGCUUACAGCCAGGAGAGGCCGUACGGCCGGCUAUCCAUCGACACGGUGACCGUGGCAGACGCAGAGGGGCUGUGCGCCUGGCCCUGCACCUGUGGGGACGACGGCUACCCAGCCCUGAACCUGGACACCAGCCUGGAGCCUGGCCCGGGCACAGAGGACCCGCUCCUGGUCACGGGGGCCACAGUCCUGUCUUGUGGCUGCGUCUCGGCCAGUGGCCCUGCUGAGCCGGGGGCCCCCACGGGCAGCCUCUUUGACCGGCUAAAGCUGCGCCUCGAGGAUGAGGAACGUUGGGCCCCUGGGCCGCCCUGGGGUGGCGGGCCACCCCGAGGGGUGUCGGACAGCGAGGCAGGCUCGCCCCCAGCCGGUCUGGACAUGGACACGUUUGACAGCGGCUUCGCAGACUCUGACUGCGGCAGCCCCGUGGAGCAUGACUUCAGCAGCCCCAGGGACGACGGGCCCCCCAGGAGCUACCUCCGCCAGUGGGUGAUCAUGGCCCCUCCACCUGCGGGGCCUGGGCCCCAGGCCAGCUAGUGAGGCUGACUGGCUGCCCGGAGCUGGCCAUGCCACUGAGCCGCAAGCCACAGACGGGGCCACCUCGGUCUCCCGGAUGGGAUCCCUGAGUCUGGUGUCUACAAUGUGUGCCUGUGGCUCAGGGGCCCACUGGCGUGGCCGCGUGUGUGAGUAGCCCGCACGCCUGUGGACACAGAGCAUGCCCACAGUUCUGCCACGUCCCCGAGGCCACUCAUGUGUCUGUGCCAACGUGAGCUCUGCGGGUGCAUGAAUGUGAGCGGCACAUAUGUCUGUGUGCACGUGAUGACAGCCUCCCUCCCUCCUAGGCACAUGGGGUGGCCCCCGGGUCCCGUGCCGAGAGGCUGGUCCAGUGCUGCCCGCUGGGUCUGCUGGGACCAGGGCACUGCCUGGGACAGACACCAAGCCCAGCCUCCCAGGUCCUGCUGCCGCCAGAAGCCACACAAAGUCCAAACUGUCUCAUCACCUUUCAGGGGGCGGCGAAGGGGACCAAGGGAGCCCACAGUGACCCUGGGGGUGGGAAGAUCUGGGGGGAGCCAGUGGACCUAGGUUUGAAUCCUGACUCUGAUGCCUCCUGGCUGUGUCACCUUGGGGGAGUCGUUUCCCCCCUCUGGGCGGGAGUUUCCUGUCUGGAUAAUGGGGGCAGCCUGACCUACCCUGGGGAGAGAUCGGAGAGGUCGCCCACGUACAGUGUGCAGCCCAGACCCUCAGUAAACGUCAGCUUCCUUCCGUCUGUGGCCAGAACCAAGGCUUGUGCUAUGGGUGGGUGGGGGUGAGAAACCAGACGUGGUCCAGGUACCUGCGGGCUGUCCCGCCCUGCAGAGGGGCACUUGGGAGAUUCUGGGCUUAAAAUCAGCUUUGUUUCUUAGAAUCAGCCCCUCACCAACCAAGAUUUCUUUUUCGGGCUCCUGUUGCCGAUGUUGUUGCUCCUUUUAUGCACCCCAGAAAUAUUUAUUGAGCACGUUUAUUGAGUACACGCAGGUGCUGGGAUACAGGGAGAGGACCCUCCUCUUGGCACUCAUGGUGGGGGAGGGGUGCAGGCCGGACGCGGCAGUAACGACACGGUGGUCCUGACCCCCUGGUACCUUAUUUGCUUGUCCUGGGGAAUCAGAGGAAGUCAAGUUCUCGUUGAUGAUUUGUCAGCGAGCCUGCUGAAAUGUGAAUUUAAGAUGCUAAGAAAAUACUUCUUCGUGACGUUUUGAAGGCACCUCACUGAACGUCAGCUUUGGACAGAAGCUAGACAUUGGUGCUGCACAUUGCAUACAACUCAUGCUUUAAAAAAAAAAAUAAAGAGAUCAUUUUCCUCCUAAGGGUGCUCACCUUUAGAGGCAGCUUUUUCGAGGCCGCCCAGUGGGGGGUUAAAAUAGCAGAGUCU